AUGUUGUUCAAAGAACCUCCUGUGGUGACCAAGCCAGAUGAAGAAAGGAAAGGAAUGAGAGAUUACUACAAAGCUAAAAUUGAGGAGUAUCACCAAAAAUUGAGAGCCAAGAAAACUAACUUAAAGAGACUUGAAGCCCAAAGAAAUGAACUUAAUGAUGCAGUAAAAAAAUUGAAAGAAGAGAUAACACUUCUUGAAGAACCAGGAUCAAAUGUUGGAGAAGUUGUUAAAUUGAUGGGUAAAAAUAAAGCUCUUGUUAAGCUUGGACCAGAAGGAAAAUAUGUUGUUGAUAUUGACAAGAAAAUUCCACAAGAAAAACUUAAGGCUAAUACUAGAGUUGCUCUUAAAUCAGAUUCAUACAUUCUUCAUGAGAUUCUUCCAAGCAAAGUUGAUGCACUUGUUUCUUUGAUGAAGGUUGAGAAGGUGCCAGAUUCGACCUACGAUAUGAUUGGAGGACUAGACCAACAAAUUAAAGAAGUCAAAGAAGUUAUCGAAUUGCCAAUUAAGCAUCCAGAAAUCUUUGAAAGUUUAGGAAUUGCUCAACCUAAAGGAGUUUUACUUUACGGUCCUCCAGGUACAGGAAAGACUUUGCUUGCAAGAGCUGUAGCUCAUCACACAGACUGUUGCUUUAUCAGAGUAUCUGGGUCAGAACUUGUACAGAAAUAUAUUGGAGAAGGAGCUAAAAUGGUCAGAGAACUCUUCGUGAUGGCAAGAGAGCAUGCUCCAUCUAUCAUUUUCAUGGAUGAGAUUGAUUCCAUUGGAGGAUCAAGGCAAGAAGGAAGCAGAGGUGACUCAGAAGUGCAGAGAACAAUGCUUGAGCUUUUGAAUCAGCUUGAUGGAUUUGAAGCAACAAACAAGAUCAAAGUUAUUAUGGCUACAAACAGAAUUGAUAUUCUUGAUAGUGCUUUAUUGAGACCAGGUAGAAUUGAUAGAAAGAUUGAAUUCCCUAAUCCAAAUGAGGAUGCAAGAUUAGAUAUUCUGAAGAUCCACAGUAGAAAAAUGAACUUAAUGAGAGGAAUUGAUCUCAAGAAGAUUGCAGCAUCAAUGCCAGGAGCAUCAGGUGCAGAGACAAAAGCUGUUUGUACAGAGGCAGGAAUGUAUGCUCUCAGAGAAAGAAGAAUCCAUGUAACUCAAGAAGACUUUGAACUUGCUGUCUCAAAGGUGACAAAGAAAGACUCUGAUAUCAAGUUUAUGAUGAGGCUCAAGAAUUAGAUAAUAUAUUUCAAUCAAG